CCCGCCCCACUACACCCAGACUGACGAAGAGACCUGGAUAACUCGAAAGCUUGCUCCUUAUUUUGGCAUUUUGACCGUUCAUUAUAAAGGUAUUGCCUGACUGUGGAUGUUAGGACUUCCCUCUACGGGACCGGCACACUUCGUUUUUGGUUUGCUUGUGCGGCGCACGGUGUCACAGUCUAGUACGGCGGCGAUCCCGUUCCUCUGCUGGAGGGACCGAGGGGCGCCCUGUCACUUUCAAGUUCAAACCCGAACACGGGUUAGAUCUCCGCCUCCUUAUGCAUAUUCAAAUCCAGCGAGGCGGGCCGCCCGGGAGGGGAUUGCCCGGCCGCACGCUAACGAAAGCUGCUGAUCGCUGACGCGCCAUCACACCACGAGCCGCUCUGCCCGCUGAUUGGCCGGCGGGGACCUGGUCUCAUUGACAACAAGCCCAGGCCGCCGCGGUGGCUCCUCGCAGGUGGAUGGGCGGAGUAGGCGGAGGCUGGGCCAAGAUGGCGCCGCCGCGCGGGGCCGGGAGCCUGGGGAGCCUGAGCUGAGGCAGCGCCGCCCGGCCGGGAAGGGGUUAAGGCGCUGGGUGUCACCCCGGCCGCUCCCUGGGACGGGCUGCUGACUCGCGGGCGGCGGCGGCGGCGGAGGAGCCGGUUGCGCCUCGCCGGCGAUGGAGAGCGGCGAGCUGAGCAGCAUGGAGACCAUGGAGACCCUGACGGAGCUCGGCGACGAGCUGACGCUGGGCGACAUCGACGGUGAGUGCGCGCGGGGAGGGGAAGGAAGGCGCGCCCGGCCUGCGCUGGGGCCGAGGCGCCGCCACCGCCGCCCGUGGAUGCCCCCUUGCCGCGGGGAAAGAGGGCUGUCGCCACCCCUUCACCGCAAAGUGCCCCUGGAGGACGGGAUAAGCCUGGCCGGAUGGGCUGGCAGGUGUCGCACAAGAUGCGUGGCGACAGCCAUGGUUGUUUUCAAGCUCCUCAGCCCCCUAUGGCUCUCCUCCCUCCUCCCCAAAUUCCCUGUUCAAGAGAGGGCGAAAGGUUCCUCAGAGGGAUGCGCGCGCUGUAGACUUUUGACAGGAUUCCCGUGGGACACCCCUCCCCCCCCGUGCGGUGCUUCCUCGCGAGCAAGGCCUGCUAUGCAAGCGCUGCUAAGUUCGGGAUUGCAGCCCAGUUUGCACAGCUACCUGGGAUCCUAAGCAUCCUUGAGUUUAGGGGGUGGGGAGGGGGGCUUAUUUCUGAGUACAGUUACCCAGCCUGUGCCAGCAGAGUGAAUUGAGUGAGUGUUACCUGCAUAUUGGAAUUCAUUACUUAAGGUGUGGUCCGGGUCAGGGCUGGGCAGAAGAUAGAUACGGGUCUAACUGGUAGGUUCUCUCAGCGAUUGGAGCAAAUCCCCAAUCUCAGAAUUCUUUUGUAUCUGGCUCUAGUUGGUUGGGACUUGGGGCUGUAGUGAAAACAACAACAAAGUGGACCCAGCAAGUCUGAAGGCUGCCCGUCCCUCAUCGCAGUGUCUGGAUGCCCCUGAUCUGAAGCCCCUGCCCCUAUUCAUACAGAUCACUGAAAUCUGGAAGGUGCUGAUUUAAGUUCAUUCAUGUGCCUUACUUGGCAGGUGGUUUUCACAUCUAUGUAAAUUAUCAGUGUAGCCAGUGGAUAUGUGGCAGAAGGUGUGUAGGUGCCUGGGGCUGGAGAGUGUUAAGGAAAAGGAAGUUAUACAGAGGCAUCAUUUUCCCCCCUGUAGGUUUGUCAUUUUGGAGACAGACACUUUGCAGUGUGAGCUGGAACACGGUGAAGCUUGCCUUAAUUUGGUAUAGGAGGUGUGUGACAAAUAGGAAGCAGUUUCUGUCUCUUGGUUUCACUUGGUAGUUUCUAUCUGUAAUGUUUUGAGUUUAUAGCUCAGUGUAUGAUGAUGACAUUUGCCAUUCUGAUCCGAAACAUUUACUUACCUCACCCAUGAGGCAAGAUGAGGUGACUGCUUUAGGCGGCAGGAUCCACAGGGUCAGCAGAUCCCUAUGCCAGUCUUCUCCCCAUGUUCCUAAUGUCCCCCUUCCUGCCAGGGAAAAUCUACAUCAUUUAGGGGUCCUGCUCAGGUGCCAAAAUAUAUUGGGGCUGGUCCUGACAAAAACCCAUUAAAACUUAAUUAUCCACCUCAUGGAAGAGGAAGGAACUUAAAAAUAUUCUGCAGCCAGAUUCACAGGAAUUUACUGUAUGUUCAGCAACUAUGAAAGCUGCAGAAAGAUCUGAUAGUACAAUUCUUGUUGUCAGAAGAUUGUCAGCACCCUAAUGCCCUCUUGGUGCUAUCUCCAGGUCAGAAACUGAACUGGCAAGGACACAGCAAAAUGAUAGAAGAAUGACCAUCUGCUCAAGUGUCUUGUCAAGAAAGAGGGGAGUAAUAGUGGAGUAGGUAGUUGGUGUCAAGACAGGUUUGAGUCAGAUGGCCAUAGUUUUCCAUGAAUCAAGAACCUACUGUCUGCAGUAGCGAGAAACUAGUGUUCUGCAGGUAUUUUUCAGCUGAGUAGUCUAGCGUACUUCCCUAAAAUGUAAAUAAAGGGAUGUUAUUUAAAAGCUACUGGACACUACAGAUUUGCAGAAUGUCUGCAUUGAAAGUAUUUGUACUAUUUACAGCUGCUUAAGAGCUUCAAAAAGUAGAAGUAGCUGUGUUGGCAUGUGUGGAAAAAAAUCCUAAAUAUUUACCCGCAAAGGAUACUGUACUCUUCAUUACGAUAUGACGCUGAGGAAUAGUAACUAUUAUUCUAAGUAAUGCUGGCUCCAGGCUUAUCAAAAUAUUAGGUUCCACUUCUCCUGCUUUGCUGUUGUAGUGCACAGUUGGAAGCACAAGAAGGGGGCACAGUUCAGAGGAGAAUACAUGCUUUGCAUGCAGAAGGUCAUUUAUUUACUCCCCCAAAGUAUUGCUAGGAGAACCCCUUGCUUGAGACCAUGGAGAGUUGCUGCUAUUUGGAAUACUGGUUUGAGACAGUAUGGCAGUGUUCUUUUCAAGUGUCUUAUAGGAAAGUAGAUAACUUUCACCUUAGGAAGCACUGCAAUUGGAAAAUGGACUGCAUAACCCUCAGGUGGUCUCUCAUGCUCGUUCUGCCACCUUUUCUGACUGGCAAGGACCUAGUGUGUGUGGAAGCAUCCUGAAUAUAAAGACUGUUGACUGGAAUGUAGCUUUCUGGAAUGAGAACCAGAUAGAAAUGUCUUUGGCCUGUGAUUAAGGGUUCUUAUUCAGGCGUCUCAUUUGAAUUUGACUGUCAAUGUAUUUGCCUUCUAGGUUUCUACUUUUUAUACCUGACGUUUUUCCAGCAACGUUCUCGAUUUAAUGCAUACUAAAAAUAGCUGUCUUAAAAGUUGGGGAACUUACUGCAAAGUCCUUCCUGUCCCACCUUUUAAAAGUCAAUACGAUUCCUUUUUCCUCUCUAUUUUUAGCAUGACUCAAAAUAAUUAGCCUUUCAACAUAUUUCUUGUAAGGUUACUUUGUAUAGUACCUCACUAUUGGGAAACAUUGCUCAGUGUUUUAAAUUACAUGUACCCAUUUGAUUCACCUUUGCACAUUUCCGGCACUCCUAACUUCAUGUGUUUAUACAGAUUGGGAAAAUAUUUUGUUUGCCAGGAAAAAAAAUGCUUGACUUGAGGUGUAGCUCUUCAGAAUCAGAGUGCUUGAAAGAACUAUCUGAAAAGAAGUGUGUUAAAGAAAAAAAAACUAGAUUUCUUAUAGCAAGUGGAAAAUAGAAACCUGGUAUUUUCAGUAGCAGAUAACAUCGGACGUUACUCUUAACAUUGCACAAUGUGUUCUACAAGCUGCUGAGAUCAGGAAAGAAUUUGUAAAUUAUAGGUUAUUAAACAUCAAGGGUGACAAAUUGGUUUUAUUACUUUUUUCUCGUAAAGCUUUGUAUCAGGUAUUUAAAUUGAGAUGGUUUUGGUUGUACAAGACAAUUUGACCGAAGAAGCAGAUUUUUCAUUAUUGUCUGGUACCAUAGUAUUCUGUUACAACCAACCCAUAACUGUUACUUUUGCCUUGCUUAGGUAGUGUGAGAGUAGCUUAAGGCUUUACACGACAAACAUUGUUGUGUAUUUACAAGUGUAAUUUACAAGUGUAAAUACACAAUCUACAAGUGUAAAAACACAAUCAGUUGAACAUAUGCAGCUGUGUACAUGCUCUUAUACAUGUCCAUGUGGGAACUCUGAUUGGGCCAGGAUUGCCACGUCUGUGAAUGUGGAUGUUUAAAGAUGCAUGUGGAUAUUUUUCUUUCACACUUAUGUAACUCUGGUGUACUGGCAGAAACGAUAUUUGCUACAUAAAGUAUGAACUGCCCUUUAGUCCUGUUAUCUUACUGGCAAGUUUCUCUCUCCCUUUGCACAUAAUGCUUCUUGUGCAGCCGUGUUCCAGCAACAGCUGUAAGCAAUCUGGUUACUGCUUCUGCAAGGCAGUCAUGGACUCUCUUAUCCACACAGUAGCAGUCAGCCUCUGGGGAAACCUUUGAGGAAAGACAUGGAAAAACAAGAGGAUUCAGAAGAGAGAUGUACGAAGAAACCUGUUCUAGAAAAAAUUCGAAUUCCUAGCAUACCACUUCACAUUUUUAGGUGCUAACCUCUGUUCUUGUAAAUUCCUAGAUGUUGAUAAUCGAUCCUUGUCCUUUCUUGUGCCUGAGAUGUUUUCAACUCUGGUAUAGCCUUUGGAAAUGAAGAGAGAUGUUUAAGAGAUAAUUGCUGUCCACAGCUUCUCAGGGAAGUGCUGUUGUUGGCAUUUACAGCUGUGUUAGCCUACCAAAGUGACCUGCUGGAGCACAAGCUUGGGCAGUGGGUGGGUGGGGGGUCUUGAGCUGCCCAAACAACAAGACCCCCCCUUGGCCCCACUGAUGUGGUCCAAAGGAAAGCAGAGCCAGAAAUUUGGCACCAGCUUGGCUGCAGGAGUUGCUGGAAGGAGGCAUACAAGGCGCCAUUUAACUGUCUUAGGGAUUCCCCUUUGUGUAGGGUUUACUCCUUAGCCUUUUUGUCUCCCAAAGAACAAGGCAGUGGAGGUUUAGGAUCAGAGUUGUCCUUCUCCUAGAUGGGCUACCUUCCCAGGUUGAUGAGCCCCGUCUGCCCCUCACUUCCCUCUACACAGCAUGUGCAGAAACAGCCUUCUUGACUGUUGGACUCACUAUUGGUCUUAUCUGCUCAAUUAAGAAAUCAGCUGUAUAUCCCAUGAAACAGUUUUGCUUGAAAUAGUAUCAGAAUGCAAUACAAACAAGCACAUUUAAGAGAUAACUCUAGUACAUACCCAUCUCUCUCAUACAUAAGUUUAAGCCUGUUUUUUCUAUGUAAAUAAAUGGAAGGGGAGAGACCUUGACAUCAUAAAUUUGACAGAGUAGGUUGCGAUUUAUCAGUGUUCAAAAUAUGAAUGCUUACAGCCAGACAUGAAUGUUUAAACGUGUCUGUUCUUUCCCACAUUUUUCUUUUACGGUUGGUUCACAAGAGAUGCCAAAUCGUGGUUUGAUGUAAUAUUAUGAGCCCAGUGAUUGCAUAGUCUCUCCUUGCCCUUUUCUUGUGUGCUGUGCUUUAAUGAAUUGCUUUCAUAGAAAACAUUGUUUUCUGUUUCAUCCAAACUGGGGCUUGCACAAACCUCUUAAAUCAGGAUUGCAAACCAGAAUUCAAGCAUGUACAUCUUAAUUCAGAGGGCUUGUGCAAACCAUAGCUUGCCGGUUUGCAUAUGAUGGAAAACUAUUAUUUCCACAAAAGCAAAAGAAAGUCAAUAAAGCAGCAUGUGUAGAGGAAGUGGGAGAGUGAGUGUGGUAGCUUAUGACAAAUAUGUGCAACACCUGGUUUGGCAUUACAUGGCAACCACCCCAAAGUCCUGACUUUUAAAAAACAUAGGAUAGUUUGAAAUUCAGGAUACAUUUGACUAUCUCUCAGCUAUAGUUGUAUGUUAAGAUUUUUCUCUCUUAGUUUAAAACAAGUCUUUCCAGUUGCAAAUAUUUUGGCUUCCUAUCUGUGUCAGCAGUCUCUGUUUAUCAGUUGUUACAGUGGUUUCACAGUAGUAGUAACAGGAAGAAGUAUAGCAGGGGGUUGUGAGUAUGUUGAUUUCUUUCUAAAAGGGAAGGAGAUGUGAUGAAAUAUGAGGAAGUCUCCUAUCUCAACAGACCAGUAGAUCAUUUUAUAGCCCCAUGCUGUCCACCAGGAAGGGCAAUGGAUGCCUAAGGUUACAGGCAAAGAUAUUUUCCAUGCCAGUAAUUUCAUGUGGGUCUUUCUAUGCUAAGCAUAUGCAUGACCCCUGAAAUAUAUACAGUAGCAAAAUGUUUUGAUUGUUUAAUUUUCCAAGGGCCUCAGGGCCAAACUGCACAUGUUUAAAUAAGUGUGUUUCACCUAGCCAAUUUUAUUGGGGGGGAGCAGUCAUGGCACCCCAAUAGGAAAUAGGCUAUUGACCAGAGCAGGGGCUCAUACCGCUGAAAAACAUUACAUACUUGGCUUCUUUCAGGCAUGCGAGGAAGACAACCAAAGGGGUGACAAUUUUCAGCAGAAAAUCCAAGUGUUUUCUGAAUCCCUAAUCAAAUAUUAUUCCAAAACAGGGGUCCCAUGUCUCUCUUCCCCCUCAAUAGAAAAAGCCAAGUUAAGAAUUUAGAUACCAGGUUAUAAUUAUUGUAUGCACGGUAAUUUUAAAAUAAUAUACCUGCAGCUUUCUUUUUAUACAAGAGGUCCAAUAUCAAGAGUAGGAGUUCUGGGGUAGGGUUGAAAUGUUAGCCAUUUAUACUAUCAACUUCAACGGGGUGAAGUGAAUCCUCUCCAUACUUUUCAGAUUUCUAUUCUACUUGUUAUUCAGGGCUGAUUGAAAAGUCGGUGGUUUGAAUCCACAUGACAGGGUGAGCUCCCAUUUCUCUGUCCCAGCUCCUGCCAACCUAGCAGUUCAAAAGCACACCAGUGCAAGUAGAUAAAUAAGUAUUGUUGCAGCAGGAAGGUAAAUGCCGUUUCCGUGCAUUCUGGCUUCUGUCACGGUGCCCCGUUGUGCCAGAAGUGGUUUAGUCAUGCUGGCCACAUGACCCGGAAAGCUGUCUGUGGACAGACACCGGCUCCCUCGGCCGGAAAAGCGAUAUGAGAGCCACACCCCAUAGUCACCUUUGACUGGACUUAACCAUCCACGGGUCCUUUACCUUAACUUUUUUACCUUUACCUUCUACUUGUUAUAAAUGCCAGUUACAUGAUAUUUCUAAAGUUGGUUCCCAUUUGCACUUUGCAGAAUAGUUCUGACAAAUAAAGGGAUCAUAGGCUGAUAUCAUCAUGUCUGCCUCGUGUAGUCAAAAGAAAACGGCUUGGGGAUAGAGAGAGUAGCAACAAUUAGGGCUUAAUUGUGGCCCAAGGGCUGUGUGGUAGAAAUUGUAACCUGUCAUAUGGGCUCCCUUAGGCACCUGCCUCUGUAGGGCUUCCAUGCCUGGGGUAGUUACAUCUCUCAGCAAGGUAGCUUAGUAGCUCUGAGAUCAUUAUACUAUAUUUCCUCUUGCUGAAGUUUGAAAAAUUGGUUGGACCAGAAAAUCUGUGGCGUUAUUUGAACAACAUUGUCAAUUAUAUAUGAUAGACUUGCAGAGACAGUGGCUGUGCUGACUGGGGGUGAUGAGAAUUGCUGUCCAAAAUAUCUGGAGGCUAAUGAAGGUUGUUGUAGAGGUUUUUCUUAAUGGAGAUUGGUUGCAUCAGGCAUAGGCAAACUCAGCCCUCCAGAUGUUUUGAGACUACAAUUUCCAUCAUCCCUGACCACUGGUCCUGUUAGCUAGGGAUGAUGGGAGUUGUAGUCUCGAGUUUGCCUAUGCCUGGGUUACAUAGUCAGAUGGAUCUCCGUAAGAGGCAUGGGAAGCUGUCAGGGAAGACACAAACUUUUUGUUGAUCUCUUCUAGUGAUAACUUUUAUUUUGGGAGAGUUGCAACCCAUUGCUACUUUCUCUCUGCUGGAAUUGCAUUCCUGAUUGCACCAUAGAUUAUAAAUGAGGGUUCAUAUCUUCACUUUCCUAAACUUGCACCCUUUUUGUUCUCCAAAAGAAUCACUAAAGCAUGUGGGUGGGUGUAUGUGGUCUUGGCUCCCUUUCCUUUCCUUUUAUCCCUUCACCUCUCAGCUGAACUCUGUCAGGUGAAUAGUCUUCCCUUGCUUCUUUGUAAGUCUGACCAAUAUUCCUUGCCUAACAGGUUUUCCAUGUGUAUCAAGUCUUGUUUCCCAGUGCUGAUCAAUUAGACUACCCACAAUAGCCCUGAUCCUGGGAGUGGCUCAUUUGCUACUAACUUGGCGGAGCUUGCAGAAUAAAGAGGAAACAAAAGAGGUUGUGGCAUGAACAGAACUGCUUAUUUGUACUCUGAAUGGUUGUUCUUAGUUGCUUCCACAGGCUUCUAGGUUUGAUUACUUAGUGACUUCUGCAGUUACAAGAUCUGCUUUCUAAGCUUCCUACUUCGGAAAUUGGCAGGAAGCUUUGUCUAGUUUUUUGAUCUCAGUACAGUUAGGGACAUUUGAUCCACAAUUUUUGGCAGGCUGACCUGCUCCCAAUCUGGGAAGAGAUCUUUGCGCAUGUUAAGAACGGUGCCCUCUUUAACAGUAUGUGGUUGCCAAGAUGUGGUGUGGGUACACUCUGGCUGACAUGCCUGUAUGUGCUGGGAGAACAGCAGCCUGCUCAUAAAUUGCACACGUUGUCUGACUCCGUUCUGUUCUAAGGACCUGUUCUCAGCUACUUCAAUAACAUAACAGCAACUGUAAUGUUAUCCUGGCUACAGCUUUCCAUGAAAGCAACACUUGUCAGCCAAGACAAAUGUAUCCGCUGAUGACUUGUGUUGUAAUGGCAACUUCGACUUCAGCUGAUUCAAUUGACUGUGAAACACAAUUGGUAUAUGGAGCUUGGCAGAAGGACACUCCAGCACAAAGUCACAGUUUAUUACUUAGUGAAAGAAUGCAGGGAGCUAUACUGGUCCUUUAGAAACAAUCUAAAAGUGACAGUAUGACAGUAUCCUUUAUUGGGGUCACCUAAACUGUCACCUAAAUUGUCCUAUUUGCUGCAGCAAUAAAACUGCUAGCACAUUUGCAAAGCUAAGCAGGGUUCAGUAAGGUUUCAAAAUGGGGGAUUGGGGGAUUGCUUGUUGAAAUUCCCGCAUUGCAGGGGGUUGGACUAGAUGGCUUUCAGGGUCCCUUCCAACUCUACAGCUCUAUGGUUCUAAAAACAAACAAACAAACAUAGUAGUGGGUUCCCCCUAAUAAACAGAACUCUCUGCUGUUAAUGAAGUGAACCAUGGCUUUCUCUCUUAAAUCUUAGAAUGAAAUUACCAGCAUACUUUGAAUGUGCCUUGCUCUAAACUUGCACUAGUAAUGUCUGAAAGGUUGCACAUACAUUGUGUGCCAUUAGGCCAUGUGUACAUGUUCUGGGAAGACAGGAGUGCCUGGCGUGCUCUGGUCCAUGGGGUCACGAAGAGUCGGACACGACUAAACAAGAACAACACAUGUUCUGGGCACUUGUUAAAUCUGUAGGAGGAAAUGCUAGUAAGUACAUGUAGCCGUUGGCAAAGUUGCAGCUUUAUUACUGCUUCCAUUCUUAAUGUUUUAAUGCCACAACUUUGCAGCUGCUAACCGAACGUGCUUACAGAGUUUCUAUCCUGAUUGCUGAUUUUUGUUUCCUUAGCUAAUUUAUUUAGCUAGUCCACAUUGCUGAUAUGAAUGGUAGAACUGGUUAUAAAUGAUAGUGAUGCAAGGAGAAGCUGAAGCAAACUCCUCCUGUGGAACCUUUGCAGCCUGAUCCUGUGCUUGUUUACUUGGUGCUGUUGUUCAGAAUCAAACUGCAUGCCGUGCAGAAAAACAUUGCUAUCCUAUCAUCCAUUAAGCCUGAGCAAGGCAAGCACAUACUCUAACCCAGUUUCGAAUCCAGAAGCCUAGGAAAGGUUCUGUUUGGCACUAAGAGUGAGCAAUCCCAGUGGCCAUUUCCUCCAAGCAAUAUAGUUAUACCUCGGGUUAAAUAUGCUUCAGGUUGAGUGUUUUCAGGUUAUGCUCCACGGCGACCCGGAAGUAACAGAACGUGUUACUUCCAGGUUUUGCCGCUCGCGCAUGCGCAGACGCUCAAAAUGACGUCACGUGCAUGAGCGGAAGCAGCGAAAUGCGACCCGCGCAUGCGCAGACGCACAGUCACGUGUUACGUUCUACUCAGGAUGCGAACGGGGCUUCGGAACAGAUCCCGUUCGCAUCCAGAGGUACCACUGUAACCAUCUUUGCCUGCCCCAGUGGGUGUCUGUAUCUCUCCAACUGUAUCCAAGUGCCACACUAGUUAUCUGCCAAAAGUGACAUUAUUUGAAAAGAGCCGAGUGUCAUUCAGACACACAUGGGUGGGAAAAACCCCGUAAAAGGGUCUGGGGAAAUUGUUCCUUUGUCCCUUCCCUUCGGGUCCAUCAUUCACCAUCAGAAAAUGCUGCAACUAACUACCUAUGCUAUGUUGGUUUGUAAGUAAGUUUUCUCCUUUCUACUCGUAAUUAAAAUCUAAUUUGGCUGUUGGGGUCUGAAGUGUGUAUUUGCCGAUCUUCAGGUUCGGGUAAACUUGCCUGGCUGUAGUUCAUAUGCUGCUAGGGUGAAAGAGUUGGUUUCAUGGGGAAAAGAGCAGCCUAUGCCAAAUCUAAGGCUGGGAUAAUCAGUUUGAUACUAGUCCCAUUGUCCAGAAGAGAUAUUGCUGGGAGGCACAGGACACCUUGUCUUAGAAUCCUGGAUAUUUUCUUGAGCACACCAGAAUUCUGUCCCAUCUGGGGGCUGUGACAAGAAGGAGUGGUGGCAGCAGUGAUUCCUGGAUAGUUAAGAUGCAACUGGCUUACCUUACAAGGCUGUUGUGCAGCAGUUGCACAAGGAAGGGCAUAAACAGCCCUCUCCUAGCUUUCCCCUUCUGUUACACGUGCUACACAGGGUUGUCCAACAUUCUUAUUUUGUAUUGAAAUCUCAGUUGAUCAGCCCUCCUGGGGAGAGCAGAUAUUGAGCCCACCCCCUAGUGCUGUUGUCCCAGUAAACACCUCCCCCCCGCCCCGCCCUGCAAGCUACCGUUCUGCCCAUUGAAGGAAAAGAAUACAGUUAACCACAUUUUUCUUCCCACCGUGAAGCAAAUAAUACCAGAUGUGUGUGUGUGUUUUAUAGCAGAAGGUGGGGUGGAAGGGGGAAAGGGUUCAACUGCUGUGAUCAAAUUGUAGCAGUGCUCCCCCCAUCAGGACUGCAUUUCAUUAAAAAAGAAAAUACUGAUGUCCUGUGGAGCAUGUAGUUUAGUCCUUAGUUCCGUGAGGCUUAUUUCCAAAUACAUAUGCAUAAGAUCACUACUAAAUAUAUCUCUGGCUUAUACUUUAUUGAGGCUAAAAUACCACUGUUAUAUGGGCUCUGGCAUGUUGACCAAAUAUUUGUCUUUAAAAUAUUUAUAUUUAUUGACCCUGUCAGGUUCUCAAGGCAGCAUACAAGAUAACAAAACAAACAAUGUUAUAAAAGCAGCACACAUAGAAUGCAAACAACUGAAGAAUUCAAAUAGCAGCAAAAACAAGAAAUACCACCCAGGCAUCAAGAACAAAUAACAUUAUGGGUUGCAUACAGUACUAGUCCUACUCAGAGUAGACUCAUGGAAAUUAGCAUCAAUGGCUGAGUUCAGUCCAUUAAUUUAAGUGGGUCGACUCUGAGUAAAACGUAGCUGAACACAACCCAAUAUAUUUCAAAUCUUAAUCACUUGGUGGCAAAUGCUUGACUGAAAGUAAAAGGCAAAAAUGUAAAUGUAAAAACCACAUGGUAAAUGUAGGUUGGAGUGAUUGAAGAGUUUCAAAGUAUGGGUAUGUCACAGCAGACAAGGCUCUGUUUCAAGUAACCAGCCAUGUCACUUAUUUAGGGGGAAUCCUGAAGUGGGGCCUCUGUUCAUAUAGGACAGGGGUCAGCAAACUUUUUCAGCAGGGGGCCGGUCCACUGUCCCUCAGACCUUGUGGGGGGCCGGACAAUAUUUUGAAGGGGGAAAAAAGAACGAAUUCCUAUGCCCCACAAAUAAUCCAGAGAUGCAUUUUAAAUAAAAGCACACAUUCUACUCAUGUAAAAACACCAGGCAGGCCCCACAAAUAACCCAGAGAUGCAUUUUAAAUAAAAGGACACAUUUUACUCAUGUAAAAACACGCUGAUUCCCAGACCAUCCGCAGGCCAGAUUUAGAAGGCAAUUGGGCCAGAUUCAGCCCUCGGGCCUUAGUUUGCCUAUCCAUGUUAUAGGAGCUUCAAGUACUGUGACCUCAGACUGCUUGAGGCUAUAAAGUUUAAAAUAAGCACUUUGCAUUGUGUUUGAAUGGUAGCUGGUGGAGGUCUUGGUUAUUUGGCAUAUUUAUGCUCUGCCUGCUAACUAAAGCUUAAAGCUAUAUAUUUAAAAUAUAAAGAGUUACAAUGGAAGAGCAAAGAUGUCCUAAGGUUUUGCUUUCAGAUAUUCCAGCUGUUACUCUGCUUCUAAAUCUCUGGGCUAUCUUGGAGGAAAUUGGUUUUUUAGCAGUCUCAUGCAGGGUAGGGCAUCCUUAUCUGGCCACUUCUGCUGAUGUCACUUGUAGUUUUGGCAUCUGCUUUUAAGCACUGGAUUGAAUAUGAUCAAAUUUUCAAGCCCAGGUUAACAACCAGACAGCCAUGUUUUGAGCCCAUUGAAGUUUGCAAGCAAUUGUAAAAUACAGUCAAACAUAUAGCUCAUUGCAGUAAUAACUGGAAUGUGACCAAAGCAUUAUGGGAAGGUUUGGUUUGGUCAGGAACAGCUGAUGUUGGCCGACAACCGAAGCUAACAAAAUAUGCUUUGGGCCACAGGCAUCAUUUGGGUGUCCGACUAUAAGACUCGAUGUAAAAGUAUCCCCAAGCCAAGGACCUGAUUUAUUCAGGAGAGAAUUCGUUCACAUCCCAAACAGACAAAUGUGCAUAGUAUAUACUUUGUUCCUGCGAUUACAUCUGGUGACCCUUUCAUCAGUCUCCAUGGUAUCAAUGGUCCGUCAUAUCAUUUCACUGUUUUCCUUUCUUUUAAUUUAUUUUUUUAUAGAGAUGCUCCAGUUCGUCAGCAACCAAGCUGGAGAAUUUCCAGAUCUGUUUUCUGAACAGUUGUGUGGCUCCUUCCAGAGCAACAGUGUAUGUAAUGGUGGUGGAACCUCAGAUCCCUCGUCACAGAGGCCCUACAGCCAGGGGCAGCUACAGACCUUCUCUCCUGGUGCAGCUUCUCCCCAGCUUCAGACCGUGCAAGUGAAGGUGUCUCAGACAACUGCCGCAACACCUGUUCCACAGCGGACGGCACCUGCUCUUCAGCCUCGUCCCCAGGUUCAGCCUCAGCUCCAGCAGCAGACUGUGAUGAUUACUCCAGCUUUCAGCUCUGCUCCCCAGACCCGGUUCAUUCAGCAGCCUGUAAUAUACCAAAACGCAGCCACAAGUUUUCAAGGUAACUUGCAAAGUCUUUGUAGUAACAAGUAGUCCUACGUUGUCUUAAAUGUCUUGCCCUAAUCUUCCAGCAGAGCAAGAGGUAUCAGAACAGCAUUUACAGCCACCAUUCCUGAUUUCAUAUCUGUGAGAAGUUUCUAUUAAUGUUUGAAAUGUUUCUAAAUAGGUGCACGUUUUCUAGGAUCUCACAGGCAAAUUAGAGAAGCUUGGCAUUUGGGGUGAAGAAGGGCAUUGGAGACCAAGACCAGGAGUUGGGGAGUGGCCUUAAAUAUUGUGCAGUAAAGCAUAGGUAGCACUCAAAAGGAACUCUGUGAAUGGUAUCACUGCAAAGUAAUGUACAGUUACACAAUACGUCAUGCACCUUUAUCACUCUUAACUCUCCUCAGGUGUUGGAAAUAAAGAAAGCUAACAUAGGGGGGAGGCAGUAGGGGCAAGUGGGCUAGCUCCACCAUCAGGGCCCCACUCAAAUUUCAGGGUUCUAAAAUAAGGGGUGGCCUCCAUGAGUAUAAAAGGUCUCUGUGCCUUUUAUAGUCACUUGUGAGUUGGAGGUUGUCAAACAAUGAGGGGGUCAAGGUGGAAGUAGGGCUCUUGUCCCCACUGUUUACUUUCCUAGAUUUAUAACAACUGAAGAAGGCUUAUGAAUGGUUCCUGUACUCUUCUGUAAGAGCAUGACAGUUUCUCAUUCUUGUCUGUGUCUCCAGUAUCCGAAUCUUCCACUUCUUCUGAUUGUAUAGAAUCUACUGUUUUCUAACCUUUCUUAUGAUGUGUUGGGUUCAGACUUUACAUAUGUAGAACUCAGCUUGAGGGAUGCUCUGUGGUAAUUUUUGCCAGUUCCUCCUUUCCCUUGCAGACCCUUGUGUCCCAUGGAAAUAUUCUCUGGAGGGUUGGGGGACCCUUGGUACAGCAGAGGAUGUUGUGCUAAGGGGUAUGGGGGGGGGAGGGGAAGUGGCAAAUAUUGACUCUCCCUUCCUCUCCCUUUCUCAGCAGUAGCCACAGAAGGGCAUGUCUUGAUCUAAGUCUAUACUGUAUGUUUAAAACAUCACAAACUAGAAUAGAAAAACUUAAAACUCCUAUCAACUGUAGAAAUCUUCAAUGAGAAAAACUUCAGUAAGACUUCUGUCUAGUCACUGUAACAGAAUCAUCUUUACUAACUUCUUGAAGACCAACACCCUCAAAAAUGCUCUGACUCUUGUGCCAUCCAGCCUUAUUUGAGGCAAUGCCUGUGCUCUGAGUAGGGGUAUGUCUGAUCUCCCCAAUACAUGGGAAGGCUUGUACAAGAGACAUUCUCUGAAACUACCCUUAGAAAAAACAACAACUAGGAGACACAUGCUAGGAAUAUGGGAAGCCCCUCUGAGCCAUGUGGACUUGCUCAUGGCAGCAUUGUUGGGUUUUUUGGGUUUUUUGAAAGGGAGCUGGUCCAGAUAAAUGUGACUAGAGCUAGACAAUCUUUCUUUAUCUGUUUUCCUGACUUCAAUAUUUGCUGCUGGUUUUUAAAUUCUUCAUAGAUUGCUUUGCUGAGUCUAAUGCUGCUAGGAAGAGGAACCAGGAGAAAAUGCCCCCCCCCCAAUAGCUGACUGAACACUGGCCAUUCCUGAGAGGUCAUGGAUUGCAGCUUGGCAUCAUAAUGAAAGCUGUAGUCUUCUGUCAGCACCAGCUCAUUCAGGCAGUUUCUCAGAUUGCUCUUGUUUUCCUUUUAGUGCUGCAACCCCAGGUUCAGAGCCUGGUGACUUCCUCGCAAGUUCAACCAGUCACUAUCCAGCAGCAAGUGCAAACGAUGCAAGCUCAGAGGGUUUUGACACAAACAGCCAAUGGCACCAUCCAGACACUGACCCCGGCCACAGUCCAGGCAGUAGCUGCCCCUCAAGUCCAGCAGGUUCCAGUGAGUAGUUUUAUGUUGUAAUAUUAUGCGGGAAGUUUUCUGCACUUCCGAGGCAUGUAUAUUUAUGCAGGCGGUUUCCUUUCUGUUCAAAGUCAGGAAGUGGCUUCACUGCUUGGAGACCAGACUAUCCUCAGCAGUGAAGUUCCUUAAGCUUAGAUCACUGAUGGACUUAAUUGUAGGAUAGCUUAGCCAUAGAAAAAUGGACAGCAGUGGUCCAAUAUCAGAAGUAGGUUAGUAGAGAUUUUGGAGAGGGUUUUUUGUGGGGGGAGGGAUAGCAAACUACUAGAUGUAGAGCUGUAUCUAUAGCAUAUUGGGAUUUAAUAUUUAGUAACGUGCCAGCUGCAGUAUUGUUAAAUGGAAAGGAAAAUAAUCAGAGACAAUAGAGUAUUCCUUGUUUCACUGCUGAAAGCUUUUAGUAGUUGGAUACAACACGUUUUAGCACUGCCUUCAUAACUACAAGGGUUAGAACUUGUUCUUCGUACAAAAGGAUCAAAUUGUCUUCAAUGGCAGUCAGACUCCAUACUGACAGCACAGUUCUUACUAUAUUCAGGGUCUUCCAUACACCCAACAGGUUGGCUCAUUGGCAAGUUCUUAUUGGCCUUUGGCAUUUGCAGGAAGGAGCAUGGGGUGAACAUACAUUGAAGCAGUUGUUAGAUAUAUAUUGAAACUUGCAUACUGGAACUCCAUGCAGUCACACAGAAAUCUGUUAUAAAAAAGGUUGCCCAGCUUCUGUAGUGCUUGCAGUAUUGAGCUUUGUGUUGUUGUGCUAAACCUUUUAACUGCCUCUUCUCCCUCUAGGUCCUUGUCCAGCCACAGAUAAUCAAGACUGAUUCUCUUGUCUUAACAACAUUGAAAGCUGAUGGCAGCCCUGUUAUGACUGCUGUUCAGAAUCCAGCCCUCACAGCACUGACCACGCCUAUUCAGACAACAGCCUUGCAGGUACUGUAGGGCAUCCUGCCUUCCCUUCCCAAACAUGCACCUUCUCCCUCUUGCCAGCCAGUAUAGUGUUUUAAGAAUCUGUUAAGUGGGGCAGGCAGAAGGGAUCAUUUAACAAGUCAGCAUCUACAGCCUGCACCAGCUGCAGCUUCUUCAAGAGUAACUCCAUGUGGAGUUCUUUGCUGUAAUCAGGUCAUGAAGUUAUUAGAGCAUGGAUACUUGAGCUUAGGCUAUCCUGGCCCAGUAAUGGCUGCUGCUGGAAAACAGGCUGGAAUUGGGCACAGGCUACCCUCACUACUGAGAGCACACUCAGAUCACCUGUAUCUCUAGUGGCAGCUUCAAAUUGAGGAGAACCCCUAAGCGGCAUACCAAUUCCUUCAGGAGAGAGUUCAGUCCCAUCCAGAACAUGCCUCCCUAUUUCCUGGGCUUGGGAAACACCUGUAGUACCUUCAAGCAUCUAUCCAGCAUCUGCACAAUCUCUUCUGAUUCUGCUGGAUGGAGAGGUAUGAACUGACUCUUGUCGGCAUACUGACAGCACUAUGUCCCAAAUCCCUGGAUGACAGCUCCCUGGGGCUUCCUAUAGAUAGUGAACAGCAUGAGGGACAGAAUGGACCAAAUGCCAAGGGGCCAAGCAGGAGUCCCCCAGAGCUGAUCUCAUGUAGCAACUGCAAGUAGGAGCAGAACCACCGUAACACAGAGGCCCCAGCUCCCAACCCACCAAACAAAUUAAUCUUUAACUGGGUCACUGUUGUCUUUUUUAAAAGACUUUAGUUGGUGGCAAUGGUACCAUCUUGACCACAAUGCCCAUGGUGAUGGGAGGGCAGGAGAAGAUGCCCAUCAAGCAGGUGCCUGGUGGUGCCAAGCAACCAGAACCACCAAAGGAAGGAGAGAGGCGGACAACCCAUAAUAUAAUUGAGAAGCGGUACCGAUCAUCUAUAAAUGAUAAGAUCAUAGAAUUGAAGGACCUAGUCAUGGGAACAGAUGCAAAGGUAUGAGUUGCUUUGUGGCUGAAAGCAAAAAGACUGCUGUGAUUUCAAACCCAGUUGACAAUAUGCUUGCAAGUCAUAAUUCUCUGCUCCUUUUUUAUUUUCUUUAUUUGAAAGUUAGAAAAAUACAUAAUUAUAUGUGCACGAAACAUGGCGAGACAUAAAUAAAAGAGAUAAAAAGAUAACUUGUGGUAUUAAUACGCCUAGAUUCUCUGCUUCUUACUGAGAUUAUCAAUCUUUGCUCAGUCAGUAUGGAGUUUUGGUCUCCCAUGAUAGAUGCUAAAUGUAUUUGAUUUGAAUCCAUUUCAUAUUCUUCCCUGUGAUUGGGAAAAUCAUUGCAGCUUUAGUGUAGAAGCUUGUGCUGAAAGAGGAUUUGGUGGCAUUAUUGCUAAAAAUUAUUGUUCAUUCUCUUUAAUGUAUGCGCAUUAUUUGCAGAUGCACAAGUCAGGGGUACUGAGAAAGGCCAUUGACUACAUUAAGUACCUACAGCAGGUUAACCAUAAGCUGCGUCAAGAGAACAUGGUCCUGAAGCUUGCUAAUCAGAAAAACAGUAAGUGUUGGGUGGCUCUUUAAGUGGCUUUGACCUCCUACUUCACUGUUUGAUGACGUAUAUUAUUGGCUGCCCAGUUUUGUGUGGGCAUGUGAAACAAGGGAAAGCAUGAAGGUGAAAGAAAACUGAAUUGUGAAUGUGAGUAGUUAAUCUUUGCAAUCUCUGGUCUUUUCAGAGCUGUUGAAGGGGUUUGACCUAAGCAGUUUGGUGGACAAUGAUGUGGAUCUGAAGAUGGAUGACUUCAACCAAAAUGCUCUGUUGAUGUCUCCUCCAGCCUCUGACACAGGGUCACAAGCAGGCUUUUCCCCUUAUUCUAUUGAUUCAGAACCAGGAAGCCCACUGCUGGAUGAUGCAAAGGUAGUCAACAUCCUAAAACAUUCUACAGAGGGAAGCGUGCAUAAGGGUUGCAUGCUACUUGUAGACAUGGGUGAUGUGUGCUGGUUGAGCUGGAGAUCAUGUGUUUGGCAUUAAAGGCUGUAAUGAACUAUGGUUCUAGAGGAAGAUGUGACUCGGAAUACAAAGGUUAAUCAGUUCCAUGACAUUAUCAUCCCUGGCUAGUUUAGGCUGUCAUUGUGUGAAGUCCUGUACCCAAAGCCUAAUAAUACAAUAUUUCGUCUCACAGACCUUUUAAUAAAAAGGUUGAUGUAACUCUGCUGUCUCCCCUUCUUCUCUUGCCUCUUAACAGGAGUGAGAAUAGGAAGAAGAAAUGUUGUGCACAAUAUAUAGAUAUAAAUUGAUUGGCUGCAACAAUAACACUAGCUCUCCUUCUGAUUCAGCACACUCAGAAACAUGUUGAGGCAUGAUAGCGGAGAUUGUUCUUAUAGCCAUGUUUGAAAUGCUGUGAUAAAUUGUGAACAUCAGUCAAUUCUUAUACAUUCUCAGUAGGCUGGGAACAAUUAAUUAUCUUCACUGUUUCACAGUUCUCUUGCUGUCUAACAAAUCAUCCUCUACCACUAUGGUCUAGGUUAAAGAUGAACCUGACUCUCCAGCUGCCGCUCUUGGAAUGGUUGACCGCUCACGGAUGCUGCUUUGUGCUCUUACGUUCCUCUGUCUCUCCUUCAACCCUCUAACAUCCCUCCUAGAGGGCCAAAGGACAGCUGACUCUGAUGGUUCUGUACAUCAUGGCUCAGGGAGGAGUAUUCUGUCAAUAAACUCAGGUACUGUCAGAAAUCCAGUCUUUCAGUAUAUUUCUCCAUGCUGCUUGUUUGGUGUUUGGAGUUCUUUAAGGAUCACAUAUACAGUAGCUGAACACAGACAGUAGUAGUGACACUGGGGAAAAGGGGUGCUAUUUAUUUGCUUUUUUUUAAUAAUUAAAGGAUGUUAUUUAUUUGUAUGCCCCCUUUCCAUAGUUAAACCAUACUCAAGGUUGCUUACAUCAAAACAUUUACACCAUUCAUUCAUAUAUCAACACUGGCCACUCCAUUGGUUGGAUACUGAGAAACCCCUGCACUGUAUAUUAAAGUAAUGAUUUGACCCUUGUUAGGAUAUUCUCUAAAGAAUUGUGCAGGGCACUCCUUUGCAUGUUUACUGGGAAGUAAGCUGCAUUGUGUUCAGGGAAACUCACUCCUAAGAAAACUUGUAUAGGGUUGCAGCCUUCAUCAUUUAAAAACCCCAUCCUCAUAGCACUUCUGCAGGACAUGGGAGUUAUUAAAUGGGAUUCUUACAAGAAUCACAUAGUCUAGCUACACUGUGAAAUAAUUUUUAUCUAUUUGAGUAAAAUUCAGCAUUUGUAGAGCCAAUACAGAUUGUGUUGCAUUUUUUGAACAUAUUAUAUAUAUGUAACACACACACAAAUCUGUAAUCCCAACUUUAGCAGUGCAGUUUAUUUGGGACUCAGAGCCAAAUUGCCUGAGCCUCCACCUCCUUAUGUGCACAGCUUUUUUACAUAAUUAAAAUUCAUCCCAGUCUUGUUAUUUUAAGAUGUUACCUCAUCUAUCUCCCCUCUGGCCCCCCUUCAUAUCUCUUCUGGCAUCUUUCCCUGUAGGCUCUGGUGGCUGGUUUGGCUGGAUGAUGCCCACUCUGAUCCUGUGGCUUGUGAACGGUGUUAUUGUCCUGAGUGUGUUCAUAAAACUCCUAGUACAUGGAGAGCCAGUGACUCGACUGCACUCCCGGUCAUCGGUUACUUUCUGGCGGCAUCGGAAACAAGCAGACCUGGAUUUAGCUAAGGUAGGUCAAGUUCCUGCUUCAGAAAACAAAUUUUGUUUCUUUCCCAGUUUGUCUUCUGGAGCAGUACUGAACAGGCAGCACCUCAAAUUGCAGAUCAACUCUCCAGAGAGGCUUGUGCACUUGGGAUUGCAAGCAUUUGUCCUACUUCUGAAACACUUGUAUGGUAAAGGACUCUGGAGCUCUUUAGUUCUCCACUUUUCUCCUUUCAGAAAGUCCCAAUAAAAUAUUUUUGAAUUGCCACCCUCAGCUUUAGCUGUGUAAAGCAAUCUUUGUUUUUGCCAUGGGCCUGGGGUAAAUUUGAAUUUUGCAACUGAAUCUAAUUGUAAAAGUGGCCAGAUUGUCACAGAUUUGCUUAAUAUGCCUGAAGGUUUAAGGUAAUAUCUCCAAUAAAAGUAUUUCAGAACAUCAGUUACUAUUUCAAUCUUUCUUUAUAUACUGUUAGUAUAUUUGAAUAAGAUAGAGAAAAAAGGCAGUUUGAAAGCUACUGUUGGUUGGUAAAACUGCUUUUUUGUAAACCGCUUAGAGAUUUUCUCAUCAAGCAGUAUUACAUAAAUAAAUGUAGAAAUAGAUUUAAGUGGAGAUAAAUAGAAGAGACCAAAAAUGCAGCCUUAGGGUCAAAGAUGCUGCAUCUUUCAAGGCUAGGCUAAAGGUGAUUAUGCUUGAUUGUGCAAGUUUCCACAUGCCAUCUCCGAGAGUCUCUGAAGUCACUGGACUCUCACACGUCUUUGCUGCACCUUCAGCUUUUCUGUUUUUGUUCUGUGCCUGCAGGAAGAUUUUACUGCUGCUGCAUCAAACUUACAGACUUGUCUGUCUGCCCUGGGCCGAGCACUGCCUGCCUCUCGUUUAGACUUGGCCUGCGGCCUGUCCUGGAACGUUAUCCGCUACAGUCUCCAAAAGUUGGGGUUGGUGCGUUGGUUGCUAAAGAGGACAUCUCGGCAGAGACGAGCAACAGAAGCCCCUGCAGGUUUUGAGGAUGAAGCCAAAACUAGUGCGCGUGAUGCAGCUCUAGCCUAUCAUAAGCUCCAUCAGCUCCAUAUCACAGGUAAGCGGAAAAGGGAGAAGGUGGCCGCUUCUGUGAGUGUCUAGUGUGAUGACCUAGACUUAUCUAUGUACUUUGUCUGUGUUCAAUAGAACAUUUAAAAAACCUAAGUCUGCAGAGAGUGCUUCAUUCUAGCUUGAUGAUACAAGUAGUGCCGUACUCUUCUUUGGGGUGUGUGUGUCUUGUUAGAUUUAUUCUUACCUGAAAAUCAAUAGUAUAACCAGCUGAGAUGAUUCAGGUAGUGAAAUGAAGGAUGGUCUCCUAUUUGGCCUUUAUGAAAGAGCGUGAUAUACAUAGCUUGAGAUUUGUUUGGUUGAUUCCCAAAGUUACAAUCUUAUAAAGCCUUGGUUUAUAUCUAUCUACAAUCUUAUAAAGAUAAGAUUGUAGAUAGAUAUAAACCAAGGCUUUGCAAGGCAGGACAUUACUGUGUUUUAAGGUUUGAAUGUAACAGAAUCUCAGUAGCUCAAAGGGCUUUCCCAGAUCAAACCAUGUGAGGAAUUGUACAGGAAAAGUCUCACAUGGCAUGAGUUUUAAAAAGUGAUGUAUAUAUGUACCUUCAACUCAGGAUAGUACUCGAUGCAUCUGGUGAAGUAGACUGCAGCCCACAAAAUCUUGUGACAUAAUUAAUUUAUCCAGUGAUGCUGAAUGUUAGAAGAUUCAGGAAGAAAAUAUUCCAAGGAAAUACCCCUUCAUACAGCCAUAUUUGAGCUUCUGCAUGACUGUCUUUGGUGCAAGAGUCUAUCUUGGCUGCCCCUCUGUAAAUUAUUUUAAAGGAGAUGACUCUUUGUCCUCUGGUUUCUGAUGUAGGUAAGCUACCAUCCAGCUCUGCCUACUCAGGAUUGCACAUGGCUCUGUGUGCUGUGAAUCUGGCUGAAUGUGCAGAAGAGAAGAUUUCACCAAGCACACUGGCAGAAAUUCACCUGACUGCUGCAGUUGGCUUGAAGACCCGCUGUGGUGGCAAGCUGGGCUUCCUGGCGGUGAGUAAAUCUCUUUCAAGCCUCCCAUCAGAAUUUAGAACAAGUAUGUAUUGUGGCAUAUUUCAACUGACUACGGUUUUGCAUGUGAAUGGAAGUGGCUUUUAAGUUGAUCUGUAUAAUUAACUUUACACAGAAUUACUAUCCUUGAGUCAGAAGCAUGCAUAGCUUUCCUUCAGCACCAUAUCUUACCAUGACACUUUUUCUUUCUUACCAGAGUUAUUUCUUAAGUCAAGCCCAGAGCUUGUGUAGUUCUGAGCGCAGUGCCAUCCCUGACUCUUUGCGUUGGUUGUGUCACCCAUUGGGGCAAAAGUUUUUUGUGGAGCGGAACUGGACAGUGAAAACAGCUGCCAAGGAGAGUCUAUAUUGCACUCAGAGGAACCCAGGUGAGACCCAGCAGGCUUAUGAAUGCAUUGCCCUAAGUCUGCCAUCCAGGUUAUGGGACAGCAUUAUGCAUGUGUAUGCUCACUCUCUCUAGUCAAUUCUUGCUUGAAAGCUUUUGGUGCUGUAAGAAAUUGUGGAACAUUGACUGAGCAAUCAAAUGGACAGUUUCCCAAAUGGUGGAGUUCUUUCUGCAAAGACUUUCUCUGCCCAAACAGAUUUUUAUUUAUUAUUUCAUUUAUAUGCCAGCCAGCUCAAUGUGGUAUUCUCACAGCAACCCUGUGAGGUUUGUUAAGCUGAGAGUUGGUGACUGGCCUAAGGUCGCCCAGUGAGCUUCAUGCCCAAGUGGGGUUUUGAUCCCAGGUCCUAGUACAAUAUUUCAAAUCUUGCAUAACAUGGCAAGGGUUUGCACCUGAUUAUUUUUGAAGGAUACCUGUGUAUUACUAUGGAAGCAGCCCUGAAUCUUUUGUAACUUAUUGAGAAAAGGAAAUAAAGCUGAUUGUUUUUUCAUAUACAGCUGAUCCCAUUGCACAGGUGCACCAGGCAUUCUGUGAGAACCUCCUGGAGAGAGCUGUGGAAUCCCUUGUGAAACCUCAGGUUCCAAAGGGGGCUGCAGGACAUGAUGAUGAAGAGCCCUGGUAAGCUGCAGUUCUGUCCCUACCCUAUUGGCAUUUUUUCUCAGGUCGAGUAGCCGAUUCUGACUGCCUGCUCUGUCCGUUCCUGUAGCUGAACAGGUGGGAUGAAGGGUAGCAGCACAGAUUUCAUCUAUUUGGUUAGGAGCAAUGUGGCAGGGCCAACAGAAUAAAAUUCCUGACAUAAUGCAGACACUUGAAUCAAAUUCAUCUGCCAUACCUAUUGCCUAUGUGGCAAAGGGCAGUUUCUCCUAGCAAUUUGUAACUGAAUUGCAGAUAAUGGAUUAGUUCAGGUGGAGCAUGCAGUUUUAAGGGCAACACUCAAGCUCAACAAGGUUCAUCAGUAAAUUAUUUCUGUUUUGGAGACAGAAGCACAGAGAAGUGCUUAGUAUGCUGCUGGAUUGUUGAGAGUUCCAUGAUAAAAGAAAGUUCCCCAACAGAACUUGAAUAAUAGCAAUUUGCAGAGCAAGGAGAGAGCUGGUAACCAGGCACUCUUACUAAGAAUAGCUGAGUCUCUUGAGCUUUGCCGAUCAGAAGGUUGGGGGUUUGAAUCCCCGCGACGGGGUGAGCUUCCGUUGCUCUGUCCCAGCUCCUGCCAACCUAGCAGUUUGAAAGCACGCCAGUGUAAGUUGAUAAACGUAGAAGAUAAAUGGUGUUUUUGUGCGCUCUGGUUUCUGUCACAGUGUUCUGUUGCACCAGAAGCGGUUUAGUCACGCUGGCAACAUGACCUGGAAAGCUGUGUGUAGACAAACGCCGGCUCCUUUGGCCUGCAAGCUAGAUGGGCACUGCAACCCCAUAGUCACCUUUGACUGGACAUACCUGUCCAGAAGUCCUUUACCUUACCUUACUAAGUAUACUAAGUUGCACACGUUAAACUGAUGCACUGUAGAAAUGUGUUGCAUUGUCUUUACUGGUAAAAGUCUGAUUUCUGCUUGUGCUUGUAGUGAAUUCUCUAAUGCUUUGGAAUACCUGAAGUUACUCAAUUCUUUUGUGGACUCUUUGGGAAUUGGAACACCACCUUUCACUGGAAAUUCUGUGUUGAGGUCUGCACUGGGUAAGUGUGAAGGAGGCCCAGGUUGCUCAGUGUCCCAUAUUUCUCAGUUUCAUGCUGGAGAUCUGCAAGCAUUUGCUGCUGAGUUAGUGUUCUAAACUUGAUUCAGCUGCAACAUUAAUUAAUGUUGCCCAGUUGAUCAAAAGUGUAUCUUAAGUCAAUGAUAUUUUUCUUAAAUCCAUAAAGGCCAAAAUUGUCAAUUUUUUGAAAUUUCAAACUCUCAUAACUAAAAAAACCUGGGGUGAGAUAAAUUUUAGAUUUAAACUUAGUUUUGAUAAUUCAACAAGUGUACAAAAUAUUAAGAAAAGUGAAUGGCAUGAGGUAAAAAAUUGGACCCCUUGAUAUGGAAUGACCAUAUCUUCAAUCUUCCAUGUGACAGCUCUUUAAAUAUUUUAAUAUGGCUAUCCUAUCUCAUCUUAGUCUAAACAUAGCCAGUUCCCUCAACCAUUCCUCAUAUAUGAGGAAGACGCCUUCUGAUUCAAAGAAAUAUAACAUUGAGCAGGUAGAAUUUUCCUGAUAUCCCAUGAUAAAUCUCUUUUAGAUGUAGUGCAGUUUCUGCUUUUUAAGACAAGCAAGUGUCCAGUCAUAUGUCAGUGAUAGUAUUCUACAUUGAUCAUGGUGAGAUUUGAUCAGCAGCUGAGUGGAGACCUCUAGAGGAGAGUUCAGUAAUUAUGUAGAUCUAAUUUUUUUCUGCAGUACUUACGGCCUUCUCAGCUGAGAUCUGAAAGUAAAUACUUUUGACCACUUAAUGGUUUUGGGGAACACACUGAGAGCUGGUAACUCAGCCAAGAGGUUAAUGAGUCUUGUAAAUUCUGGUUAGUGACUCCAUUCCCAAGGCAGAAGCAUUUUUAAAUGAGAUGCAUAUGUUGGCAGGGUGGUACCGAGCUGCUUGUCUCUGGUUGCUGUUGUUGUUCCCUUCUGCUGAAGCAGUAAGAUGAAGGGGGGAGUGUCUGGCAAGAUGCUUGGCUUUGUACCAGCCUGUGUGUCAGUGGCAGCAGCAGCAGCAGGUGGAUGGUACCCUACUCUGCAGGAUGGCAUUCACUAAUGUGCCCUGACUUCAGCAACAAAGGGAGUUGAAUCAGUUUUCUUGUCCCAAGCCUAGCACACCUUGCCUGCCCCAAAUGUCCAUUUUGGCUCUCUCUCCCACAAUUUAUCCUGGUGACCUGCUCUUGUACGAGUUUAACCUCACAAUCUGGAAGUCUUUUGGGACCCUGGGCAGGUUUACUUCAAGGAAGGGCUCACCCAGAAGCAUUACUGUGAUGGUAUCAUGCUGGUAUCAUGGUAUCAUGCUGCUAACUCCUUGUCCCUGCCCACUUUCCCAAAUCAGGCUCUGGGCAUUUCAAAGCAGCUGCUUAAAUGAGAUCUGAGCAGGUCUUGCCAGAAACUGACCUUUUCAGCAUUGUCCUUCUUGUAAGGGUCCUCCUACCAGCAAGCAACCUCACACUAUUCUAGUUUCUGGUAAGUUCAUUUUCAUUACACAGAAAUAUGUGUAACUGGGACCCGAUGCCAUUCUUCAAAAUGAAAAGCAGAUCCAAGAUGGAAAUUUAGAACAGAGAAGUGUCUGGGUAUGGGUGUGACUUUUCCCUGCCUACCAUUUUCUUACUCCAAAUUGCCUUCCUCCCAUGGCUGGCUCCCCUUCCCAGGCGCAAGGAUUUCAGUGUGUUUGAAUGCACUUUCGUAGGUUUACAGGGGGAAGGAGCUUGAAGUAAGGAAACAGUGGGUGGGGAAAAGAUUCCCGUCUCCUGAAGCCUUUAAAACAAAACUUGUUGGGAUUUGCAUUGGUGAGAGUGUCUCAUAUUUAUUGUUAUUUUGUCUCUGUAUACCUAGGCCCUGAUGUGGUGUGCAGGUGGUGGUCAUCCGCAAUCACAAUGACAAUCAGCUGGCUCAGGGGUGAUGAUGCAGCCGUGAGAUCCCAGUUUACCAACGUGGAGCGAAUUCCUAAAUGUUUGGAGAUGAUGGAGUGUGUGGCCUUUUUGCAUUACUCUCACAAUUGCCUUUUGUCACUUUAAAUAGUUUCCAAACUAAGCUGCAGUAUUUUGAGAUUGUAUUAACUGAAAACACCAUCUAUCAGGCACUGGGGUGGUGGAUGCAAAGACUCUUCUAAGUGUUAGAUGCAGGGUGGAGUUGGUCUCAUCCAGCUGUGGCCAUCUGGGUACUCAGUGCAGCAUCAGGCCAGACUUGAGGGUCAGGGAGGGGGAGUUGCUCUGGACUAUAGAGAGAUUCUCUCUCUCUCACUUCAGGCUCUCUGUCCAGUUGGGUGGAGGAUCUGGAGUGUGUGUUCCUGGCAUUGGGAAUCAGAACAGAUUAGAGAUUCUUCUGGUUUACUGCCCACCUCACUGCCCAGCAGUCUUUCUGCCUGAGCUGACAGAUCUGGUCUUAGAGGUGGUGUUGAGGAUUCCCAUUCUGCUGGUGAGGCCUUUCUUCUUGUGCCGCCUCAAGAAGUCCAGAGAAGGGGCAACAUGAGGAUGAGCCUUUUCUGUGUUGGCUCCCUGUUUGUGGAAUGCUUUCCCCAGAGAGGCUCACCUUCAUUAUACACCUUUAGGUGCCAGACAAAAUCAUUCCUCUUCUCUUGGCCCUUGGCUAAUCUAAGCAAUCUAUGGCCUUUUAAACUGUGUGUGUUGAGGAGGUUGUUUUUGUUUGUUAUUAUGUUAUGAUGAGUGGUAUAUAAAUUUAAUAACAUUAUUAUUAUUUAUUAUGGCAACUUAGUAAGUGAGAGGCUUAUGGAGCUCAUGGAGGUGGUUGGUCCACGACCUCAAUACCUUAAAGGCACUGACCUUGUUCCUGGCUUGGGAUCUUUCUCUUCACUCUUCCCCCCUUUCUAGGAAUGCCCUUGUGAAAGCUGUCUUUCAUGUGUGCAAAGCCAUGAAUGCCUCCUUGUCAAGCAAGGCAGAUGGGCAGCAGAGCUCCUUUGGCCACUGUGAAAGAGCCAGCACUCAUCUUUGGAAUAGCCUCAACAUGAGCAGUGGGGUCUCAAGCACGGGUCUCAAUAACGUAAGUAUCCUCAUCCUCAUCACAAUCAUUUACAACUGGCGCUGUACAUUUACAACUGCCUUCUCCAUCAUUUCCUGAGCCAAGGCUUGUGGGCAAAUGUUUAGUCAUCAUUCCAUGUGGCUCUGAGGUCAAAUAUCCUGGAGCUGAAGAAGCAGCAGCGAACAUUUUUUUCUUCGUGAUUGGAGAGACAGAGAACGUUCCCUCUCCUCUUGCCCUUUUCUGUGUGUUGACUAGAGCUGCAGUGUUCCCUUUCCCACAGUAGUGCUUGAGGAGUGCAUUUGCUUCCAGUGUGUUGGCUUCCAGUGCACUGCCAGAAUUAGCAGGCUGAGCUCUUGUUUGGUCCUGUCCUUGUUGCUUUUAAUUAUGCCUCCUGGGUGAAUUGUUCCCACAGAAGGCACUACAUGUCUAGUCUCCUGUGGGCAAGAACAGUGUGAAGUCCUUGUAUCAGGGUGUCAGCUUCACCUUCAUUUCCUUGUUUCUAUGAGAAGCUGGGGCUUUCCAACUUUUGGCACUGUACAAAAAUCGGGGCUGUUCAUCACUGCUGGGUGGCAGCUGUAGUGCAUUGUAGUUGCAUUGCAUGUUCUGGCAGUACUCGUGCAAUGUUUCCGCAGUGCAGCACAGAGGUGCACCCAUUUCUCCUCUGCAGGUUGGAAUCUCCUCCGCUUGCCUGGAUUGAAUGCUGUUCUUUCUGAUUCAGUGGUUUAAGUGAUGUGGUAGAAACUUCCUAGGAACUUUACAUCUGAAUUGGAAGGGGCCAAGAGGCCAUCUGUACAAUCCAGACUGCAUUGUACAUUGUACUGCAAGCAGAAAGAAAGCAUGAGAGAUGAAAGUGGAGCACAUGGGUUGAAAAGGCUGAGAAAAGCUAUAUGUGGCAGUGAAAAGGCAAAUGAAGUGCCCAUCGUGAUCUCUAUUUUGCUUAGCUGGUUUCCUUUUGGGGCAUGGCCUAGAUGAAGCAGCAGCUGCAGCAGCCAUGGCAAUCCACUUCCCAAUGGCCCUUCGCCUGAACAAGGGCCACAAGGUGACUAAGAAUGGGGCAAAGUCAUGCCAAUGGCAUGGACACCUGACCAAGCACACCAGGUUUGUGUAAGACACGAUCCAGGAGGCAUGCUGCCUCGUCUCCAAAAAGAUAUGUGUGAUGGUGCUGUUCAAGAUCUCCAAAGACAAGCGAGCUCUGCAGUUCAACAAGAAAAGGGUGAGGACUUACAUCCAGGCCAAGAGGAAGCAGGAGGAACUGAACAGCACCCUGGAAACAAUGAGGAAAGCAGCAGCCCAGAAGAACUAGGAGUUCCCUGGCCUCCUCCCAAAGCCUCUGCAAUAAAGCUUAUUUUGAAAACCCUGUAAAAACAACACUUCUGUUUUGCUUAGGUAUUUUUGAAUGAACCAAAAUGAGUCCUUCAAAAUGCAGUUCGAACUGAUAUUAAAGAUACUUUUUUUUUGCCACUGGAGGGCGCACCAAAAUACUAUUCUGUAGAAGAUGUUGAUUUGUUUUGCAGUUUUUUUAUCCCAAGGGUACCUUCUCAAGAUCAUACUGCUUCAUUUUACUUCUGGCUAAUUGUUGGAACCUUUGGGACACAUUUUCAAGGACACUUUCUUAGAGUCCCACUGUCGUCGUCCUGUUCCACAGCAGCUUUGCGAUUUGCAGGGAAAGCAGGUAGUGUCUGGUCGCUUGUUACUGGGCAAGGUCAGGUUAAGCAGGUAAAGUCCAGUCAAGGCAAAGUCAUGAUUUUUCUAUCUUGUGACUCCUGCAAGGCUAGAGAGAUGGGAAUAUUGCAGGGGACAUGUUCUCUGAGUCCAUAGAUGGUGGCAGGGCUGUGUCCCCAAGCUGGGAGAUAGCUGAAUAAGGUACUAAUCCUCUCCCAGAAGUCGUUUGACCCUUAGGGUCAUUUAUGUGUCACCACUCUCUGAAAGGUUCUAAGGCCAGUGGCUAAAAUAAAAAUGAAUGUACCCCCCCACUGCCCAUCUUUUGGACAGUCUUCUGUCAGUGGAUCUUCAGUUCAAAAUUAAAACAGUGUGAUUUGUUGCUGGAAGCCCACUGCACCCUGAUUUUGUGUUGACACGUUUUCAGAACGCAGUUAUAGGUGCUGAUUUUGGCCUACAAAGGGGCACAGGACACUUCGGGAUAGCCAGCCCUGUACCUUCCACAUGUUAUUGGAUCACUGCUCCCAUCAGCCUCAGCAGCAUUGCUCUUGGUCAAGUAUGAUGGGAAUUGUAGUUUAACAACAUCUGAAGGGUACCACAUUGGCUACCUUUGGAUAACCUGGUUGCUUCCUCCAUGCUAUCUUGUCAUGUCCUUUGCUGAUAAUAUUUGGACAACAAAAAAUUCAGAACAUUCAUGCUGGGUCACUUUUUGAGAAGAAAGGGAAUUUGGCCACAGAGCUGUCGGUUGAUACCAUCUCAUCUUUAAGAUAAAAACACUAUGUAUCAUUCUGCUAGUAUUUUUAGAUAUGUGUGAGAAGCUUUUGUCUCUGCUGCAUCCAGCUGAUGAUGCUGGAAUGUCUUGAUACUCCUGUCACUGAAUGGGUCUGUCUCCUUGCAGAUGAUCCAGCUGCUAGCUUGCGACCUACUGCUGUCCCUCCGCACCACUCUGUGGCAGAAACAGAUGAACUCCAGCCAGGCCUUGGGAGAGGCCUACCAUGCUUCUGCUUCUGAGCUGACAGGAUUCCAGCGCGACCUUGGCAGCCUGAGAAAACUGGCCCAUAGUUUCAGACCUGCUUAUCGAAAGGUAAGAUCCUGCCACUUGUAAUGAGCGAGGAGAUGAUGACCUGUCCCUUGAGUUCCCUCAUGCUGUUAUAGGCCAAAGGGGCAAAUGGUCCACGAGCUAGGCCAGGACUGGUUUUGCUUUGAAUUUCCAGCAGUGUGUUUGCAGUGGUGGCUUCCUGCUGGAUACGUCCUUACUGGUGUAGGCUUUGCCCUUAAGUAGCAUUCAUUGGGUGUGGGGGGGUGUUGCGGUUUCCCCUGGAUUUAAACUAAUGUGACACUUCCUGAAUGUUCAAAACUCUAGGUAAAUUAUCUCAAUAAUCCUUAAAACAGCCCUGUGAUGUAUGCCAUUCCCAUUAUCCACAUGUCACCCGUGUGAGCGGUGAGGAUGAGAGAAUACGGGGUUGCCUAAUGCCGUGUAGCUUUUAUGGUGGCUGCGAGAUUUGAACUGGGGAUUUCUAGAUGGUUCUGUGGUAGAGUGUGGGCCACUGCUGGUCAGAAAUAGUUGGGUAGCAUGCCCCUCUUUCAAAGGGCACAUUCUCUGUACACUCUUGCUCAGCAGAAAGGAGUUAGGGAAGGAAAAGUGGCUAAGAGGAUUAGCACCAGAAGGUGCAAGCUUAUCUGAUAAAGGCGCAUGCCCAAAUCUACAGCACCACAAGGUGAUGGAAGGUUGCUAAAAUGUAGACACUACCCAUUGUCUUCUGCUUUCCCCCUCCUUCCAGGUGUUCCUGCACGAGGCCACUGUGCGUUUGAUGGCAGGGGCCAGUCCCACACGCACUCAUCAGCUGCUGGAGCACAGUCUCAGGCGUCGAACACCCCAGAGUACCAAGCAAGGUUAGGAAGCUCUUGUGCCCUUUCUUGUCCAUCUCUGCCCUGAACUGGGUCACCACCAUCCCGCCCUGCACUAUCUAUCUAUAAAAUGCUUGCAAGCGAUGCCAAACCGUAUGCGACAAAUGCCACAGUUAGUUUAGCCCCCUGGUGUGCAGUUCUAGAGACCUUUGGAACCCUAAUUAACCUGAAACGGUGGCAAACGUGGUUUUGCUGUGAUGAGGAAUUGCCCAAAAUCGGGGGGGGGGGGGAGAGGGGAAACGUUCCCCCCCCUUCAGUGAGCUGCUUUUUGUUCAUAAAUUGUAGGAUCUAAGCCAGAGUGUUUAAAACGUUUUAAGAAGCGGUGGCACAAAGAUGUUCGCUAGCUGACAUCUGAGGCUGCUAAUUUGAGCAAAAGUAAGGCCUGUCAGGGAGAGGGUGGGCCCGCCCACCUGUGCAAGUGUCAUCUCUGUUACCAGGACAAGGCUGCUAAGUCUGGGCUGCCGGCCAGGUCUCAGCUUGGGGCAUCCGAGCCUCUAGAAUAAAUUACUGCCUAGAGUUUCAGUGGGAGUUGGUUGACUGCUUCUUGCACUCUGUUGGGUAGCACCCAUUGCAAAGCAAUCUUUUGCUCACCCCAGUGUAGUCUUAAACAAAUUGACUCCCGUGGUGCACUUAAUGCCCCACAAGUGUGGCAUUCCUUGUGAUGCCUCUUUUUCCCAUACCUAGAGAGCCAGUGUGGUGUAGUGGUUAAGAGCGGUAGUCUCGUAAUCUGGGGAACUGGGUUCGCGUCUCCGCUCCUCCACAUGCAGCUGCUGGGUGACCUUGGGCUAGUCACACUUCUCUGAAGUCUCUCAGCCCCACUCACCUCACAGAGUGUUUGUUGUGGGGGAGGAAGGGAAAGGAGAAUGUUAGCCACUUUGAGACUCCUUAAAGGGAGUGAAAGGCGGGAUAUCAAAUCCAAACUCUUCUUCUUCUUCUAGGUGAACUGGACGCCCUUCCUGGGCAGAGAGAGAGAGCUACAGCAAUUCUCUUAGCCUGCCGCCACCUUCCCCUCUCCUUCCUGUCGUCCCCGGGCCAGCGAGCCGUCCUGCUGGCGGAAGCAGCCCGCACACUGGAGAAAGUUGGAGACAAGCGUUCCUGCAAUGAUUGUCAGCAGAUGAUUGUGAAGCUGAGUGGGGGCACAGCAAUUGCGGCUUCCUAACCGUGGAGGAUUGCAGCCUCGUCGCUCAUUGAACGGGAUUCUUGCCCCUUCCUACCCUCCUCUUCUUCCUCCUCCUCCUCCCUUUUUGAACACUGUUCCAGGUUAGGACCCUGAAAGUUGUGAUACGCUAGCCAGGGUAGGGUCUUCUUGUAAACCAGCUUUUGUUGCUACUAUAUGCCUUCUAGUACAAAGGGUGCCCACACUGGAGCUAGAGAGUGUUCGCAUUUUCACACACUGACAGAAGAAUUUGCAAUAGUGAGGAAGAAGGGUGGGUUCGGAAAGGUUGGUCCCCCACCUCUUUACAAAACAAUCUAUCUUUUGAGGAGGGGUUUUCUAGAAAGUAAGAAAAGCUGCCCUCAGCCCUUUUCCUAGCAUCUGCGGUGGCCCUUGAUCUGCACAUCAGGUGCCAUAUGCUUUUGGCAGGCCCAGAGAGGCGAUCUGGCUCCUUGGUCCUCAAUGGGUUGCAUAGAAGCUUUUCUAUAGAUUCUGCAUUCUCUGAGAGCCUUUGGAGGUUCUCCUAAGGAAGGGCAUCACAGUUUUUAAUGCAAUUUGGGGUUUUUUAUAGCAUUUUAUGGCUUUAUAAGCACUAUGGACAACAUCUAGGUUUCUCUUCCGUCUUCUGUGUCCUCCCUUCCACCUCUUACACAUGUUUCUGCCUCCUGGCAGCUGAUGGAGCCAUACUGUCGUUAACUUUGGAGUUGUAUUUCCAUGCCCUAAAAGAGGGGACAAGGAUGGACUUAGUGGUGAACCAGAAGCAGAUUUAAGCUUGUGAUUCAAAAAGCAUGCAUAGACAAAACACUGCUCUUUGUUUAUGCUCAUUUUUUUUAAAAAAAAUAAUCCUGCAGGACCCCCACUUCUCCCCAAAAUCUGGAUUAGGGAGGGGGUUGAGCAUUACUCUUAGAAAUUUGUUGCUGCUGGUUUUUUUGGGGGGGACCCCAAGACAAACUACAGCUUGGGGAAGAUUUUCAGCAGGAAAAAUAGCACAGAGAGGAAAGGUUAAAAACCCCUCCUCAUCAGCGCUCCUACUGUUGCUUUUAUAAAAUAAAGAGACACCGUAAGUCUAAGUGCAUUUUUUGAAUCACACGCUUCAAGUCAGCAUUGAGUUUUACCUUAACAAAAAAGCAAACUAGGGGCUGAAUUCAUUGUUCUCUGUCCGCUAGUGCGAGAGCAGAGCUUAAAGGUUUGGGCCACAAAGAAAUCCAAUGCAACAGUUGUGCUAGCCGAAGCUUGUUGUGCAACAAUUUUAGGCAAUGCAUUUGUGCUUUUUUGCACAAAAGUGUUCUGCCAGUGCAACAAGUUUACCGCUAAGUGACUUUAACUUUGCGCUACGUUGGAUACAACCCUAGGAAUCCUUUUUUCUGAUGUUUGAUUUCUUUGGUAGCUGCAUCUAUAUGAGUAUGUUUAGGAUAACAGUCUUAGGACUUGUCCACACUACCAACAGCUGUCUCCUUUGGAGAAGCUUUGACGGUCAAACAGGUUAUAAAAUGGUUUACACAGGUUAUAAGAUGUAGUUCUAGAACUUGGAGAAAGAGGAGUGGCUGCAACUAGGCCUCCUUGUUGGAAGAAUAGGUUCUAAGAAAAGAGAUUUUAUAUUUCAUAGAGCUCAGAGUCUCACAAAUCACUUUUGCCUUCUCCCUUUGCCUGUGCACCAUCUCUGUUCUUGCUUAGCCUCUCUUAUUUCAUCUUCCAGAUCUGUCCAAAUCAAACACACAAGCACCGAACAAAUGAAUUUGGGGGCACAUAAUUCUUUGGGGAGGCCCAUACAACUGUACAUUGCAGUGGUUCUUGCAGCUAGUGUGCCUUCCAUGCAUAACAGCUGAACACUGCUGCAGAACUAAGACCCUCCAUUAAAAAAAGAAAAGAAUUUCCACCUUAAGCCUCUCAUUGACAAUUUUCAAUUCAAAUGAAGCUCUGUGUGUCCCAAAACACAUGAAAUCCUGGGGGAGGGGCUUUCUAAACACUGAAACAAUUACAUAAUUAAAGGAACGUGGUCUGAAUCGCACAGAUAAGAGAUGCAUAUCACAUUGAUAUCAGAUUUUUAAAACUUUCCAUAGAGUAAACCAAAAGACGAUCCCACAAUAAAGCUUUGGCUAACUUUGGUUAUUUUGAAGACCAAUUCUCUAUCUUCCUGAAUAUAUUGGAACUAACAAGAGGUGUAAUUUCAUGAACAUUCCAAAUUUCCCCUUGGUAUACGUGAGUGGAUGUGUUUGAAAGGUUGCACUUGCAAAAGGUAUCAAAAUACACAGUGGAAGUGAACCUUGGAAGUUGCUUUGCCAGGACUAGUUCGUAGGGGUGUAGGGCAUUUAGCUUCAUAUCUCACAUCACAUGGAUGAUCUUGGUUGUUUAUCUUACAAACAUGGGUAGCAACCAUAGUCUAUACUCGUGCCUUGGAUUCAGCACUGCAGAUCCAUGGGCAGUUGUUUAAAUAAGGCAGGCUGCAAGCCGAGGACCAUCCUGUUCUCUUAAGGGUGCUUCCCGACAGCUGUUUUCCCAGUGAUGGUAGCGACAAAACAGAAAGGGUAACAAACUACCUCAACGAAAAGGUACAUUCUAGCAGGAUGCCUGGGGUGUUUGGUGCUACCAUCGCUGGUUUCCUUCCACAGUUGUUCUGCCACUCACGCAGAUUGUUCCAGUCUGCUUGGAGUUAGCAGCCAUCCAUCUGGGAUUAACACAAGGACCUGCGUGAAUUGUGAGUGUUUAGCGAAGUGAUUUAGCAUGCCCGACGCUUAGAAAGAAACCUUUCCCAUCUAGAAGCUCUCAUAGCAAAUAAUUCUGCACAGUUAAGUUUUGAAGUGUCUGGAUUAGUUGAUGUGCAUCAGAAUGUCAUCUGCUAUUGACACUGUGUACCGCAGGACAUUUCACAGUUCUGUGGAUUUGAGGCUGUGAAAGCCAUUUAUACUGUCAAGCAGGAGAGAAUACUAUGGCUUAGAAUGGGCAUUGCAGUUGAGGGUAAAAGCCUCAUGUUGUACAGCAGGAAGAGGCAUUGAGGGUGGUACUGCUAGCUUGUGGAAUUAUGCUUGUGUAGAUGCAACCUCCACAAGGGAAUCGCCCUGUCUUUCCAUGUACUUCAACCAUUUUUUUUUAAAAAAGACACCUCAUUUAUUUAUGGGUUUGUUGUCACCCAGGCUAUCUCUGUAUUAUUUUUGUGUAUAUAAUGUAACUUUUUUGUGCUUUUAUAUAUGAUGUGAAAAGUGUAUUUAUCCCAAUGAAAUUAGGAAUAAGGAUUCUUUGCUAUAAGAAAACGUAGCUGGCAAUGAUGUCAGUGGGUGAGCGUUUCUGGUAUAUGUCCUGAUUGUGACCCUCUCCUGGGGUUCAUUGCGCGACUUGUCUAAUAAAAAUCAAAUUGUACGCAA